AUGGCUGGCGCGGAGCGCGAUGCAUUGCCAGAGACAAUAUCCACACCAUCUCAUACAUCGCAGCGGCGGAAUGUCGCGGCGCUUGCCUCGUCUUUGCCGCUGCCGUCGUCGAGACGCGUGACUACGCCUCAUCAGGCGCCACCCAACGACCGCCGCACGCCGUUGGCGCAGGGCCCUUUGGGUGGCUACCGCUCCCUCUCGAGGUCGAAAGGCACACCGAUGCACGAUAAACUCCUAGGAAAGCGCAGCUUUUCGUCUUCGAGCCUGCAGGAGCAGGGUGGCUUUUCUACGCCUCAGCCCCAGGGUUCGAAGCGACCACUGGUGUCAUCUGUGCUGGCCACCGCACCGCGUCCUACGCGAGUGACGUCCAACGAACAUGAUGCCUUCCAGACACCAUUAGUGCAGCGGCAACGCCAUCAUGGUAUAUCUCCCUCGCCUGCCAGCGACGAUUACGAAUUGCAAAUGCUGCGCUCCGAAUAUGAACGACGCAUUCAGACGGAGCAGCAUGCGAACCAGGUUAUGGAAGUGCAGAUGCGCUCUCAAUUGCGCGAGCUCGAAGCACUCAAGUGUCAGCGUGUAGAAGUACUUCGUGAAUGGGAGACAGAACGCGCAAUGCAGCAAGAAAAACAGCGGGCGUGGGACAAGGUGCGGUCAGAGACGGAGGCACAACUCGCGUCACUGCGUGCGGACUCACUGCGACUCCAGUCCCGCAACGACGAGCUUGAGUCGCAGCUUAGCGCUACGGCCCGCGACGCGCACACCGAAAGCGUAUCUAUCAAGUCCCAGCUGGCACGACUCCAAACGGAAUGCGAGCUGUCUACAUCACAGAACGAGUCGCUUUCACGCACGAACGAGCAUCUGCUCGCACGUAUCAAUGAAUUGGAGUCUGCUCCGCUUGAGAAGUCCGCUCCCUCGGAUGAAGAUGCCGCGCUUUUCAAAGACCAGCUGAGUCAAUCACUUACGACGAUCCAGCGCCUCGAAGCGGCCAAUGUACGCCUCACAUCCGAAAAUAAAAGACUGGCCGAUGCCAGUGCGCGGAUUGAUGUUCUACGUGAAUCAAAUCGAGGACUCGAAGCCAAACUCACGCAGCUGCCGAAGCUGCAAGAAGCACUGCUCGAAAAAGACGCCGAGCUGGCCUCGUUGCGCGACGAGCAAAGUCGCUGGAUCUCUGUGCUAGAACAUGGCAUCAAAACAGAGGAACAUGCGGCAUUCAUGGCUGCCGCACACGCUAGUGAUCAGGCCCCGCCACAGACGGCUGUACCUGAGACACUAUCUCCUGAGACGCUCCCUGCCUACAUUUCCACCCUGCGUGGCACCGUUAUGGGUCUGUAUGCACGUAUAGAGGGCCUGGGUCAUUCGGUCGAGCAGAUGCGGACGGCAAAUCUGGACCUGAGUCGCCGCGCUGCGCAGGACUCGGAGACUGAAACCCAGCUGCGAAAAGAGCUCCAUCAAAAGUCGGACCUACUGCUGCGUGCGCAGCGUCAGCUCGACAUUCAAAGUGACGAUUUGAGGCGCUGCAAAGAAGUCCUGGAAUCUUUUGAGCAAGAGGCACAGCAGGGCGACACAUCAUAUGAAGCCACACAUCAACGUCGCAUCACAGGUCUCGAAGAGCGUAUUGCUCUCCUGAUGGCCGAAUGUGACUCGCUCACGCAAAAGCUGGCCGAGUCGGAGCGAGUUCCACCUACCGCGAACCAUCCAGCCUCAGAAGAGGCUUUGCUUGUCUUGGAGGCACAAUUCCGUGAACUCGAGCAGCACGCUCAGGCCCUUAGCACGGAAAAUGAGACACUGUGGCUUCGGGUGGGGCGCGGCGAAUUUAAUGCCGAGCGUGAGAGAUGCCUCGUCCUUACUGACAAUCCCGUUUCACGAGACUUGGCUGUCCGCACAUCAACAUUAGAGGCCCUCAGAAAAGAGAAUGCAGGCCUGCUAGAACAGGUCGAGGCAUUGCACAAACAGCUCACUUCUGCCCAUCUACCAGCUCCUGCUACAGGCACGGACGCGGUCGUGCCCCUUCAAACCGUGGAUAACCUGCGUGCCGAAUUGACCAAACUGCAAGAGACCCUACAGCUCAAGGACAAGGGAAUGCUGCGUCUCAAGCAAGUGUUCACAGCCCAAGCCAAUCUGUUUCGCGAAGCUGUACAGUCGCUCUUUGGCUACAAAAUUCGAUUUAUGGAGAACGGCAAGGUCAAGCUGACAUCUGCGUAUGCUGGCAGUGCCCGAGGCACCACACUCGUGUUUCGCUCCGAUGAGGGAAAUGUGGGUGAGAUGAAGCUACAAGGCGAAGCGAAUGAUGGCCUUGCAAACGUUGCACAUCUACGCGACUACUGGCUCAGCGAUGGCAUCCGGCACAGCGUUCCGUGCUUCCUGGCCGCUCUGAACUUGGAGUUGUAUGAAAAUACAACCCAGGCGAUCCGUAGCUCAUUUGGCGCUGAUGUGGAGGCGUAG